UCGAAGAAGAAAAAGUUUUGAGAGAGAGAGAGAGAGAGAGAGAGGGAGGAGGUGUCGAGGGUAUAUUCCGUGCGUGGAUCCUCCUCUAGCUGCUGUUCUCGUCUUCCCUCUUUUAAACGCAAACUGCAAAGCAAGCAGGAGAAGCAGACUGGAGCUUUCUGCUUCUCUUCUCACCAGCGAUUUCAGUUCCUUGGUCUUGUAAGGUUCUCCCACUACGGCGACGAAUUUGAAGCCGUGCAUGAUUCUGUGCGUUUUGGAUGAUGGGGAGUUCUUUCUGCGUUUGUAAUUGCAAUGCGGAUCCAGAUUUUGUAAAAUGUUUUAUUGAUUUAAGUUGGAAGGAACAGGUUCUUCUAGAUUGAUGUAUCUAUGUCAGGAAUCAGUUCUCCAAUCUCUAGGCAAGCAGGAGUGUGAAUAAAGUUUGGCGUUGAAAAAGAAUGUGUAUAACACUUGCAUAUGCUCAUGAGAACUCCUGUUCCAUAGUCAAAAGCUGUUUCUGAUUUGUAUUUCCUUGCCAAGCCUUUUCAGCUAUACAAUUGUAUCUCCCAUAACUACAUCAAACAGGUUUGCUUGCACAUACAACCUGUUCUGUGCAUGGAGAGUGUGGUGCUACAUUCAGGUUCAACGAAUCAGACAUCUAGUCGCAAAUUUUCUUCAAGCAGUUCUCAGAAAGACCUGUGGUCUGUAUGCAAACAAGGAUCUCUCACUGAAGUGGAUUCAGCUUUAUUUCUAGCAAAAAAGAAUGGUGGAAGCAUUGAUGCAAGAAAUACAUUUGGCCUUACUCCUCUUCAUAUCGCAACCUGGAGAAAUCAUGUGCCUAUCUUGAAGAGGCUUCUUUCUGCUGGUGCCGAUCCUAAUGCAAGGGACGGGGAGUCAGGAUGGAGUAGCCUCCACAGGGCACUUCAUUUCGGUCACCUUGCUAUAGCCAGUGUUCUUCUACAAACUGGUGCAUCCCUCACUUUGGAAGACUCUAAAGGUCGUACUCCAGUCGAUCUUCUAUCUGGACCUGUAUCAUUGGUUGUAGGAAAUGCAUUUGAUGCAGUGACGACGGAAGUGUUAAGUUGGGGAAGUGGGACAAACUAUCAACUGGGAACAGGGAAUGCUCACAUUCAGAAAUUGCCAUGCAAAGUUGAUGCACUUCAGGACUCCUAUAUUACAAAAAUCGCUGCUUCAAAGUUUCACAGUGUGGCUGUUGGUUCUGAUGGAAAACUCUAUACCUGGGGAUUUGGGAGGGGAGGCCGGUUGGGGCAUCCAGAUUUUGAUGUUCACAGUGGUCAAGCUGCUGUGAUCACUCCUCGGCAGGUGAUAAGCUUGGGUUCUAAUCUAGUCAGGUAUGUUGCAGCAGCCAAGCAUCAUACAGUAAUUGCUACAGAGAAUGGAGAGGUCUUUACUUGGGGAUCAAAUAGAGAGGGUCAGCUUGGGUAUACUUCUGUGGACACACAACCCACACCAAGGCGGGUGAGUUCCUUAAAAGUUAAAAUAGUUGCUGUUGCUGCUGCAAGCAAGCACUCUGCUGCAGUUUCUGAGCAUGGUGAAGUAUUUACAUGGGGCUGUAAUAAGGAAGGCCAGCUCGGUUAUGGCACUUCAAACUCAGCAUCAAAUUAUGUGCCAAGAAUAGUAGAAUAUCUGAAAGGGAAAGUUUUCAAAGCAGUUUCUGCAGCAAAGCAUCACACUGUAGUUUUAAGAGCUGACGGUGAGGUAUUUACUUGGGGCCAUCGACUUGUUACUCCUAGGCGUGUUGUUAUCAGCAGAAAUACAAGGAAAAGUGGAAAUGCACCCCUUAAAUUUCAUAGAAUGGAGCGGCUUCAUGUCAUUUCAGUUGCUGCUGGAAUGGUUCACAGCAUUGCCCUAAGUGACGAUGGUGCUUUAUUUUACUGGGUUUCCUCAGAUCCUGACAUAAGGUGCCGGCAGCUAUACUCAUUGUGCGGAAGGAAUAUCAUCAGCAUCUCAGCAGGUAAAUAUUGGGCUGCUGCUGUUACGACGACAGGAGAUGUAUAUAUGUGGGAUGGGAAAAAGUGCAAGGAUGAGACUCCUGUUCCUACUCGCUUGCAUGGUGUUAAGCGAGCUUCUUUAGUAUGUGUUGGAGAAACACAUUUGCUAGCUCUUUGUUCUCUUUAUCACCCUUCUUAUCUUCCCAAAUCAAAGAUGUCAGCACCAAGACCACUAGAGGCCAAUGGUGAAGUGGAUCAAAUAGAUGAUCCUACUUUUAGUGACAUAGAGUUCGAUAGAAACCCUAGGAGCAGUCAAAGUGAUGAUUUUAGUAACAAAAAAGUACCAAGCCUAAAAAGCAUAUGUGAGAAAGUUGCAGCAGAGUUUAUUGUAGAGCCAAAGAAUGCUAUACAACUGUUGGAAAUCGCUGAUUCUCUAGAGGCUGAUGACCUUAGGAAGUAUUGUGUGGAAAUUGCUUUACGGAAUCUUGAUUAUAUUUUCACUACCUCAGCAACUGCAAUUGCAAGUGCCUCUACUCAGGUUCUGGCAAAGCUUGAAAAACUACUUGACACAAGAUCUUCUGAGCCAUGGAGUUAUCGUCGCCUUCCCACUCCAUCAGCUACUUUCCCUGCCAUCAUCCACAGUGAUGAGGAGGAUAAUGAGAAUGGAUAUCUGAGGCUUAGAGAAAAAGGUAAAGAUGUAUUUACAAAGCAUGAGGGUGCAAGAGUUGAUUUUCUCUUUGAGAACGACGGCAUCACUGAUCCAGCUGUCUAUAAGCAAGUUAGGAUCCUUAAGAAAAAGUUGCAGCAGAUAGAAAUUCUUGAGGCAAAGCAAUUGAAGGGGCAUUAUCUUGACAAUCAGCAAAUUGCUAAGCUUAAAACCAGAUCUUCGCUUGAAUGUGCUCUAACUGAACUUGGAUUUCCACUGGAAACAGAGUCAAAGCAAUUGUCCUCUAGCUCAUCUGAUGCAAAGGGAAACAAAAAGCCUGAGGUCUCUAGAAAACAGAGGAGGAAUAAUAAACAAAAAGCAAUUAACCAGCCAGAAGUUGAAUCUGUAAAUAGUGAAGUAAGUGAAGAGAAGCAUUCUGUUAAAGAUAUUUCAGUUAUCGAAGCUCUUGAAACUUCCCCAAAGAUGGAAGAUCCCACUGUGGAUGUUGAUGCAAUCCAUGAUGGUACACCUGUAGAAGAUUCCUCCUUGCAAAAUCAUAAGGAGAUUUCUUCAUCCUUUUCCAAUAAGAAGUCCCAGUCAAAAACAACAAAGAAAAAUAACAGAAAAGGUGGCUUGUCAAUGUUUCUGAGAGGUGCUCUUGAUGAUGCACCAAAACAUGUCCCUGCACCAGCACCCACUCCCAAAAAUGAGGGACCUGCAUGGGGUGGUGCUAAAUUUAUUCCAGGACACACUUCUCUUCGGGAUAUUCAGAACGAACAGAGAAAGUUAAGUGAAAUGACUCCGAUCAGCACAAAGGGUACACUUGAAAAUCAAAUGGAGACUGCAAACACUGCAAAGGUUCCGCUAAGUUCAUUUUUGCCUAAUAUUACACGUCCCAUAAGUAUAGCCCAAGGGAUGCCAGCGCCUGAAGGCGAAAAAAGUACACCUCCUUGGUCAUCAUCAGCAACUUCGCCUGGAAUCAAUCAUCGGCCAUCACUAAGAGAUAUACAGAUGCAGCAGGAGAAAAGACACCUGAGCAUCUCACACAGCCCGAAAACUAAAGUAUCAGGCUUCUCAGUAUCAUCCACCAGCUCACCGACGGAGGCUGGAGGACAGAAGGAUUCAAUUCCAAACCGCUGGUUCAAGCCGGAGAUUGACGCUCCAUCAUCAAUUCGCUCAAUUCAGAUUGAAGAGAAAGCAAUGAAAGACCUCAGGCGCUUCUACAGCAGUGUCAAAAUAGUGAAACCUCAACAUCAACCCUUGUGAUUGAUAGGAACCUGAUUCUUCUCCUCUGUAAACAUUUCUAACAUAAAGUGCAACUGCAUACCGUUUUUGAUCUUGCAGGAGACCUUGUUUAGUUAUUUGCAUUUGCAUGGUGUAGCAAGUUAAGCAACUUUUGUUGCUGUUUUGAUGUAUAAAGUUUCUUUCUUCUUCUCUCUACUGUGUUCACUCGUG